AUGGGUUGGUAAAACUACUCGACAUGAAUGCCUGGCCAGCCGACGCCUUGAACCUUCCGAACCAUGACAAUGGUGCUUUUCACCAGGCGACCAUUGAUCCUUCUCAGGCAUUCCUCCAAGCCUCUCCCACUCCUGACCCGACCCAAUACCAGCGCAUGUUCAACGGCGUACCUCGCAAUGUCUCGCCUGGCUUCCACAACCCGAACCAGGUAAUUCCUUCCAAGCGGCCACGGCCAGAAGAUGGUCUGUCAAUGUCGCCAAGGCAAGCUCCUGGCGGCAUUGCUGCCUCCCGUUCGCAAACCCCUCACCAGGUACCGUUCCCUGGGUAUCAAGGUGCUGCGAACGGCGCGCCGCAAUUCCCUUCGCAUCCCACUCCGUAUCAGCAUCUCCAACAAGGAGCAUCUCCGAAUGUUACCCAGUCGCCUAUCAUGCAAGACUUCGAUCAACAUGGCAUCCAACGGAUGGGAACUGCUUCCCCAAGUCCAUUCACACCAGCAGGCCCUCAAGUAGGGACUCACAUGUCUCCGACGCAGUCGGACCAUCCGAGCAGGGUGAAUACACCCCAAAAUAACACGUUCAUGCCAGGGCAGCCGUUUCCACCGGGCAUGGGUCCUCAAUUUGCCCCCGCGCCUGCAAUGACGACCGCCGGUGUGCAACCGCCAAUGCAGGCUCAUUAUGGUGGCAUGCCACAAGGCUAUCAACAAGCAAUUGCCGCGCAGCAGCAGCAACAACGUCUGCAUGCUAUGCAGAUGCAACAACAAGGCCGUCCAAUGGUAAUGAACCCUGCCAUGGCCGGAAGACCCAUGGCAGCUGGUAUGAACGCAAUGGCGAACCCCCAGCAAAUGGCAGCUAUUAGGCAAAUGCAGCAGACCAUGGCGAAGCCCAUGAACCCAGAAGGAUUCAUGCGGUCCCUGCAGAAGUUCAUGAUGUCGCGCAACCUUGUUUUGGAUCCUAACCCACAUGUGUGUGGCCGUCCGAUUAAUCUUGUCCAACUUUACGCUACUGUCAUGAAACUUGGAGGGUCGAAGAAGAUUACAGCCACCAAUAUGUGGCAAGUUAUCGCCACACAGCUUCAAUUCCCUCCAAUGCAGGUUCCGCUGGCUGCGCAAGAAAUUCGGGAGCAUUACCAGCGGAACCUUGCAGCCUACGAACAAGCCUUCCUGAGUAACCAACAAAAGCAAUAUGCGGAGCAAAUGCAGCAGUCGUCGUUGUCUCGGCAGCCUAGCGAUCCUCCGGGCAUGCAACUACAGUCACCAGCGGGAAAGCCAGUCCAAGGCUUCGAAACUCCACAGCAAAUGGGGCACCCCUCCCCUGGUAGUGCUCCUGGUCCGAAUAAUGUACAACACAACGCUGCAAAUGGUUUCGCGACCCCAACGCCGGUGAAAACGCAGAGCAAACAACAGAACCAGCACCGCCUCAGUAUGUCGCGCCAAUCUCAGCCGCCCCCGACGCCGCAUGAUCCCAGCACUCAAAUCCCUGGGCAAUCCCCUGCGCAGCGUGGCAAAGGCUCGAUAUCAGUUCCCGGUAAACCGGAGCCAGUAGAGCAGCCUUCUAAUAUGCCUCUCAAACAACCUAUUGAAGAUCCCUUCAAACCAAUGGUGCUUCCUGAGAGCAACUUCCACGGUCCCAUAGUGGUGGAUGAGAUGUACCAGAUUGGAGAGGACAUAACGAGGCUAAAGCCGAAUCUUCCUGCUUUUGCUGAGCUUGGAGUCAUCGACAUUCAUGCCCUUACAAUGAGCAUCAAGUCUGGAAUCCAUGCCGAGAUGCGUGUGGCAUUGGAUACCCUCGCGUCCGUUUCGUCGGAGCCUGCAAUUCAAGUCUCAUUGGAUAAUUGUGACGACCUGGUAGAGAGUCUGAUAGAAUGCGCAGAAGAUCAAGCAGAGUUCCUUGCAGAACAUUCUCCUGAAGUGUCGGACUCGAUGCUUCUAUCCUCAUAUGAGGAAGUGACUCGUGGUUGCCAGUCCGAAUGGACAUCUUUGGCUGACGUGCCUGAGUUCGGAAGCCUUGAUUACGAAUUAGAUCGAGCUGUUGAUAGGCUCAUUUGCAUAACGACUAUCCUGCGGAAUUUUUCAUUCUCGGAUUCUAAUUUUGCAAUUUUGUCGACGCCCCCUGUUGUCCAAUUCAUGUCAACCAUAAUCCGGUACCUGGGUACUCGCAACAUGCUCCUACGGACACACCAGAACACCCUGGAUUUCAUGAAGGACACCGUGACUUAUUUGAGCAAUGUUGCUCACACCAUUCAGCUGCCCAGCAAAGAAGAAGCUCUGUGUCUCCUACAUUUUCUUUUGUCGUUCGCUCCAUUUCCAGGCCCAGUGAUUGGUUCAGAAGGCAUUAUGUUCACAUCAUACAAUCCGUCUGUACACAAGUACACUCCCGCGGCUGUUGACAGUCUGGCCAAGCUUCUGGCGCGGGAUGAGCCAAAUCGGACAUUCUUCAGAACCAUCUUCUCUGGCGAGGGCGGUUCGAAUCAACAAGAAUUGCUCACCCGUGCAUUUAGCCUCGCGAUAUGUCCGAUCCCUGACCAGCCCCGCAAGCCGCUGGCCAUAGCAGAUCUCCGAAAGGUCUUCCUCAUGCAAGGCUUGUUGGCGGCAGACAUUCUUUCAGGGUAUGCAGAUGGCCCUACUGCCAAAACGUGGCUCGAAUCAGUGGACGGGUUCGCCAUUCACCUUCUUCGACUGUCAUGUCUUUUGAGCACUGAACGUGUUCCGCCCCCUCCCCCCACCAACACCCGGCAGUCUCAUGCUGCAAGAGGUCAGGCUGAUGAAGCUGAAGCAUACCGCUCAAUCAUUAACCGCGGCCUGGCAAUCCUUCGUCGGCUCGCAGAAAAGUCGAAGUUAGCAGACACAAAUUCGACGGUGCAUUUCCCCUCGGGGAUUGUUCCUCGCAAAGAGAGUUUGCUAGGCGCGUUGCUAAUGCCCAAUAUUGAUCCGGGUGUUGUUCGGCAACUGCUCACCUACGCUCGACUUGCGGAGUGAUAGGUUAGACUCGGAGCCAGGGUUCAAGCCACUUGCCUCGUGGCAAGAGUCGCGUGCCUGGCACCGCUUCAGUUAUGCCCCUUGUUGAUGUCUGCUUCUAUCAUGUCUUCUAUUCAACUUUUAGUAAACUAUAUCUGCAUCAGCUUUGAUCUUUCCUCCAUUUAACCCCCUCAUCUGUUCAAUUUUCCUCGUUUGGCGCCGGUGGGAAGAUUUUUGAAAGGCGUGACUUGACAAUGUGUGUGUAUCUUGUGUGAUUUACCGCUGUACAAUGUUCAAUACCCUCGGGCGUAAAAAAAAUGAACACAAUCACCA